CCGAACUUUUUGAGUCCCUCAACGCAAAGUCGAGUCUCUCUUUUGGCCCUGCAUAUCAACUCUUAUAUCGAGUUUUACUCCUGAUCUUCUGCUAUUUCCCUCUUUGAUCUACAUAUUCUUCACAUCACACAUCAUGGCCCAAUCACUCCCCGCUAUGAAGACGAACCCCAAGUUCAUCUUCUUCACCGACUUCGAUGGCACUAUCACCCUAUUUGACAGCAACGAUUUCAUGACCGACAAUGUCGGCUUCGGCUACGAGAAGAGACGUGAGGGUAACAUGAAUGUCCUGAAUGGCACCGAGAGUUUCAGAGACUCUUUCAAGCGUAUGAUGGACAGCGUCAAGAUGCCUUAUGACGAGUGCAUCAAGUACGUCUCAGAAAACGUCAAGCUCGACCCUGGCUUCAACGACUACCUGAAGUGGGCCAUCAAGAACAAUAUUCCCACUGUUGUUUUGUCCUCCGGUAUGGAGCCCAUCAUCCGCGCCAUUCUCGAGAAGUUGGUCGGUGAGGACGCAAAGUACAUUGAUGUUAUUUGCAACAACAUCCAGGCCAGACCCGGAAAGCAGGUCAACGAGGAGGGUGGUUGGGAGCUCGUCUACCACGACGACUCUCACUUCGGUCAUGACAAGAGCUUGACUAUCCGCCCUUACGCCCAGCUUCCUGCUGAUCAGCGUCCUACUCUCUUCUACGCCGGUGAUGGUGUUUCGGAUUUGAGCGCUGCCAAGGAGACCGACCUCUUAUUCGCCAAGUCUGGACACGAUCUCAUUCAGUUCUGUGUUAGAGACAACAUUCCCUUCACCGUCUUCGAAGACUGGAGCCAGAUCAAGGCCAAAGUCCAGCAAGUUGUUGAGGGCAAGGUCACCGUACAAGAGGCCGCCAAGCAAGGUGUCGAAGAUUACGAGAAGGGUCAGGCUGGUGUCAAGCCCACCGUCUAAGCCGACCAUCAAAAGUUCAGUAUCAUCUACUCAAAGUAAAAAUAGACUGGUAAAAUUGGUUAGCGCGGCAUAGGAAAAAUGAUAAAAAGAUAGAAGGACUACAGUCGAGAAAUAGAUCAGGCCGGUCACUGAUUUCGAUAGACAUACUUCUGGGAAUAACAAGAAAACAUUGAUUAUGGUACUACUUAGACAGACGAACAAUGCACCUGAAUCGAGCUCAAGCCCAUCAUCUCAGUUGCCGAGGGGCUCUUUGAGCGAGCCUUCAGAAUGCACAAAAUUUUGCGAACGUCUA